AUCUUCAAUCUCCAACCUCUCUCUCUAGAUCGGAAUCUCGCCUCAGAAAAUCAAACCAUGGCCUCCGCCGCGAUCGAGAAGCUCCCUCACCUCAAAUCCGCCACCGAUGGACUCAACGAGAUGAGUGAUAACGAGAGGAGCGGAUUCAUCAACCUCGUCUCUCGCUACCUUAGCGGUGAGGCACAGCACAUUGAGUGGAGCAAGAUCCAGACUCCUACUGAUGAGAUUGUUGUUCCUUAUGAUAAAAUGGAUAACGUCUCUGAAGAUGCUUCCGAGACUAAGUAUCUGUUGGACAAGCUUGUUGUGUUAAAGCUUAAUGGAGGUUUGGGAACGACUAUGGGAUGCACUGGUCCAAAAUCGGUUAUCGAAGUUCGUGAUGGAUUGACUUUUCUUGACCUGAUUGUUAUCCAGAUCGAGAAUCUCAACAACAAGUAUGGAUGCAAGGUUCCUUUGGUUCUCAUGAACUCAUUCAAUACACAUGAUGACACACAAAAGAUUGUUGAGAAGUACACCAACUCAAAUGUUGAUAUUCACACUUUUAAUCAGAGCAAGUAUCCUCGUGUUGUUGCUGAUGAGUUUGUGCCGUGGCCUAGCAAAGGAAAGACUGACAAGGAUGGCUGGUAUCCUCCCGGUCACGGUGAUGUGUUCCCAUCCCUCAUGAACAGUGGCAAGCUUGAUGCUUUCAUAUCACAGGGUAAGGAGUAUGUGUUCGUUGCCAACUCGGACAACUUGGGCGCUGUCGUUGACUUAAAAAUCUUGAAGCACCUGAUCCAAAACAAAAAUGAGUAUUGUAUGGAGGUGACACCCAAAACCCUAGCUGAUGUAAAAGGAGGAACUCUCAUCUCCUACGAAGGAAAAGUACAGCUUCUGGAGAUUGCUCAGGUACCUGAUGAGCAUGUAAAUGAAUUCAAAUCAAUUGAGAAAUUCAAGAUUUUCAACACAAACAACCUUUGGGUUAACUUGAAAGCCAUCAAAAAGCUUGUGGAAGCUGAUGCGCUUAAAAUGGAGAUCAUCCCCAACCCGAAGGAAGUCGAUGGAGUCAAAGUUCUUCAACUCGAAACUGCAGCUGGUGCCGCCAUAAGGGUAUUCAUUUUGUUCUAAAUUUCAAUAACGCAGUUUUUAGAGAAACACAACCGUAAUCUUCUUCUAAUGCUACCAUAACAGUUUUUUGAAAAUGCAAUCGGUGUGAAUGUACCUCGGUCAAGGUUCUUACCAGUAAAGGCAACUUCAGACUUGCUUCUUGUUCAAGUAAGCCAAACCAUUACAAAGUUCCAAAUAUCACUUGAACAAGCAGUAGAGAGAGUUAAUAAUUCUUAAAUCAUCUUUUUCAGUCUGAUCUGUACACUCUCGUGGAUGGCUUUGUCACACGGAAUAAAGCUAGAACAAACCCCACAAACCCAGCGAUUGAAUUGGGACCCGAGUUCAAAAAGGUGGCGAGCUUCCUUAGCCGGUUCAAGUCCAUCCCGAGUAUCGUUGAGCUGGAUAGCCUUAAGGUCUCUGGUGAUGUCUGGUUUGGCUCAGGCGUUGUUCUCAAGGGCAAAGUGUCAGUGAAGGCAAGCUCCGGGACAAAACUUGAAAUCCCCGAUAAAGCCGUGGUCGAGAAUAAGGACAUCAACGGCCCAGAGGAUCUGUGAAGAAAUUUAAAGAACCGUGAUGCAUCUUCUGUCUUCCUCUUGUUGUAAUACAUCCAAGGCACUUUUGAUGAAACUUUUUUCAAGGUAAAAGAUCACAAGAAUAACACUACAAGUAUGUUUUUCAUUUUCUUUUUGUUGCUUUAAUCCUCUCAAAGUACGUUUUCAAAUUUACUGUUUACUUCCCUUCCCUAUAUGAGUUUUUUUAUUAUUAUUGUUGGGAUACUCUUCUAAGAUUUUAGUGAAAACAUCAAUUAAAAUCAUCUCAUUAUUUUCUCGAGAACCACAUGUGAUAGCAUUUUGUAAUUCUUCAACUUCUCCACAAUAUUGCGCCAGUUGUAAGCAAAUUGUUUCCUACUCUUACUUUGACCACUUUUACCAACUCGAAUCCAAAGUGAAGGACAGGUAAUC